AUGGAAGAAUGCAAGUCUACAACUCCUAUGAAUCAAAAGGAGAAGUUUUUUAGAGAAGAUGGAGCUGAAAAGGUUGAUGAAGGACUUUAUAGAAGCCUGAUAGGUUGCCUAAUGUACUUGACUACAACGAGACCAAAUAUUCUUUAUACUGUGAGUUUACUUCUAAGAUAUAUGCCUUGUGCUAGCGAAAUUUAUUUUCAAGCAGCUAAACCUGUGAUUAGAUAUGUUAAAGCUGAGGUAGAGUACAUUGCAGCUGCAUCAGUUGUGAAUCAAUCCCCUUGGAUUCGGAAGUUGCUGACAGAUUUGUGCAUGGAGCAAAAGAAGAGCAUUGAAAUCAUUGUUGAUAAUCAAGCUGCAAUUUCAAUGGUUAAUGAUAUUUUCCAGUUGCUCCCUACACAAGUUCAAAACAGAGUGUAUUCGGUGAUCAUGCAACCAGAAGCUCUUGACAUCACAUACAAGUUCAUGAACACGUUGUGA